AACAGUUUGCGGAGAGAAGGUUUCGGAUUGCGGAAGUGAACAAUCGGUGGGAGAGAAAACAUUGGGAAAACAGGAAUUGGAGGAAUCCAAAGCACAAAAACCUCCACCGGCUCAAAAUAAAGAAUCAAACGACAAUGAGGAGAACCCAACGGAAGCAACAAGUCAGGAAUCUCAGACUACGGAACACCAACAAGAAAUAAAACCGCCAGUAGAUGAGAAUGACACUACGAGCACCGAUGCAUCCACAGCGGUUGCCGCACUGAGUACAUCAGCCGACAGUCAAGAAGAAGCAACUGAGUCAUCUUCCAAUGGCAGUCAUUCUCCACUUCAGGGGGAAUUAUUCACUGGAACGGACACUCCCGAGAAUGCGGCAUCUCCGGCUGCCGCGGAAACAGAAACAGUCACCGUCGCUCAAAAAAAUGAUACGGCGACAAGUGACGGCAGCACCGCGGUCUCCCACGCCACCUCCCCUCUUUUGCUUCUUCUUCUUCUUCUUGUUGCGUGUGCGGCUGCGGUGGUGGUGGCCGCGUGA